GCGGAGGAAGCUGCUUGUAGCCAGCAAGCUAGCUAGCUAGCUAGUUAGGGUUUUCAGUUCCGCGACAACGGUCUAACCUGCUGGUGUUUCCACCAUGGGGAAAUCGUUUGCAAAUUUUAUGUGCAAGAAAGACUUUCACCCUGCGUCCAAGUCAAAUAUCAAAAAGGUAUGGAUCGCAGAGCAGAAGUUAACUUACGAGAAGAAGAAGCAAGAAGAUCUGAUGCAGGCAUACCUGAAGGAACAGGAGACCUACAACAACAGGUUAUUGAUGGGGGAUGACCGUGUUAAAAAUGGUCUCAAUUUUAUGUAUGAGGCUCCUCCUGGAGCUUCCAAAGAGGAAACAAAAGAGGAGGGGGAGUCAGAGUACAAGUUUGAGUGGCAAAAGGUGGCUCCUCGAGAGAAGUAUGCAAAGGAUGACAUGAAUAUACGAGAUCAGCCAUUUGGGAUCCAGGUGCGCAAUGUGAGAUGCAUCAAAUGUCACAAAUGGGGCCAUGUGAACACGGACAGAGAGUGUCCUCUCUUUGGACUGUCUGGAAUCAAUGCCAGCUCUGUGGUGACAGAGGAAGCAGCAGGUCCGUCGAUGCACCCCUCAGAGUUAAUGGCGGAGAUGAGAAACAGUGGGUUUGCCCUGAAAAAAUGUGUCCUUGAUAGAAAUGCUACUGUUUGUGAUCCGUCACAGGAAUAUGUUGCCAGUGAUGAAGAGGAGGAUCCCGAGGUGGAAUUCUUGAAGUCUCUGACCACCAAACAGAAGCAGAAGCUCCUGAGGAAGCUUGAUCGCUUGGAAAAGCAGAAGGGGAAGAAGAGCAAAAAACAGAAAAAGAAGAGCAAAAGGAAGCACAAGAAAAAGCACGAGAGCAGCGACAGCUCGAGCGACUCAUCUGACAGCAGCAGCCGCGACGACUCGGACUCGAGCAGCCACGGCAAGUCCAAGAGCCAGAAGAGAAAGAAGAGCAAGAAAAAUUACUCUUGUCGCGAUGGCGGCACUAAGAACGAGAGACAAGUCAAGAGUCACAACAAGAGCUCUCCUGGCAGGAGCAGGAGCAGGAGUCCUCGCGCUGAACAGAAGCAGCCUAAAGAGGAGGCCAGAGACAGCAGACAGAGAAGGACGGAGGAGGGCAGGAGCGAGGGGCGAAAACACAGCCCAGAGAAAAAGAACAAGCCGCAGGGAGGCCGGGAUAGGCGGAGAACCAGUCGCUCCAAGUCUGGCUCGGACAGAAGUAGGAGCCGUGAGAGAGGCAGGGGAGACAGGGGUUAUGGCGGGCAUUACAGUAGGGACGGGGAGAGGAGUAGAAGAGGCUCAGACGGAAGAAAAGAGCGGGUUGAUAAUGGGAGGAGCAGGAGCAGGGAAAGGCGAAAAGAUGGAGAGGGCAGAAGAAGGAGCAGGAGCCCCGGCGAGAGAAGGGAGAGGAGCAGAGAGAGAGAACAGAGAAAACGCUGACUUGCCCCGCAGCUUUUGUUUGCCCCAAUCCACCCUGUUUCCGUAUGUUUGCAACCUGCAGUUUCGCAUGUUCUCUCAGGUUCACGGUAUUCCACAGAAAAUGUAUUGUCCCUUGUGUGCUCCACUUUUGUGACGACGCUUAUUGUAUGCGGGGUAUAUUUUGGUUCCAGUAGAGGGCAGCAGAGGACAAAUAAAAGCCAUUUUUUAAAACAUCAGACGGCCACUUGUAUGUUGAGGUUGUUUCCGCAGCUGCGGUAUUUAGCUCUUUUUGUUGUUAAUAAUAAUAAUAAUGAUGAUUACAUUUAUUACUUUAUCUUAUUUUCUAAUAGCCUAUAUAGUGAUGUUAUUUUUAUUGGGCGAUGAUACUGGCUUGCUAUGAAUUGUUGAGCAAAAGAGUUCAUUUUCCAGAAGUAAAUAUUAAUUUCU